AUGAUGGGGGCUCUGUUCCUAAAUUCUUCCUCAGUUGCACCGAUUAAACUCCUCAGAGUGUCCGACAGGCGCCACUGCUGCUCUUUAAGGAGGAAGAAGAGUGUCGUGAGCUGCCAAGGAGGUGGGAAUGUUGUCAAGUCUAGUGGCUUUUCCUCUGCUUUCACACAGACAGAGGCAUUGUUGAGGACGGAUCAUUCUGCAGCUUUGAGAGAUGCAGGGAGCUUGGUUUUGUCUCCCAAUGGGAAGAGCCAGCCGGAGAUUGCCGUCAAGGAUUUGGUGCCUUAUGGAGAACCAUCCAGCCCUUUGGUUGAGGUUGAUGAUGGCAUUGGAAUUGUCAAAUUUCUUAGAGGCAAGGGAUUUCUUAUCACUGGAGCUACUGGGUUUCUCGCUAAAGUUCUUAUUGAGAAGAUUCUACGGACACAGCCGGAGGUGGGAAGAAUAUUUCUUUUGAUUCAGGCAAAAAACAAGGAAGCGGCAAUGGAAAGAUUGAGUAAUGAAAUCAUAAAUGCAGAGCUUUUCAAGUGUCUCCGACAAAUCCAUGGAAAAUCCUACCAAUCCUUCAUGUUGAGCAAGCUAGUUCCUGUGGUCGGGAAUAUUUGUGAAUCCGAUCUUGGCUUGGAUGAAGAUUCAGCAGAUGUUAUUUCCAAAGAAGUCGACUUGAUUGUAAAUUCUGCAGCUAACACAACAUUUGAUGAAAGAUAUGAUGUUGCUAUUGAUAUAAACACAAGAGGGCCUUGCCACCUCAUGGGCUUUGCCAAGAAGUGCAAGAAACUAAAGCUCUUCUUGCAAGUAUCAACAGCUUAUGUUAAUGGACAAAGACAAGGGCAAAUAAUGGAAAGGCCUUUCAGUAAUGGAGAUAGUAUAGCAAGGGAAAUUUUGGAAAUUUCAUCAAGAUCCCUCCCUGCAUUGGACAUAGAAGGUGAAAUAAAGUUGGCUUUGGAUUUCAGCAAAGUUUCUGAAGUCAGUGUAGUGGCUCAAAAAAUGAAAGAGUUGGGUCUAGAAAGGGCCAAGAAAUAUGGAUGGCAAGAUACUUAUGUGUUCACAAAGGCUAUGGGGGAAAUGAUGAUAGACAAAAUGAGAGGAGAAACACCAGUUGUCAUUAUCCGACCAAGUGUAAUUGAGAGCACUUGCAAAGAGCCAUUCCCUGGAUGGAUGGAAGGGAAUAGGAUGAUGGAUCCUAUAGUUUUGUACUAUGGGAAAGGGCAGCUCACAGGCUUCUUAGUUGACCCAAAUGGAGUACUCGAUGUAGUGCCAGCAGACAUGGUUGUUAAUGCAACCUUAGCAGCCAUGGCAAGGCAUGGAGAGGCACAAAAACCAGACAUCAAUGUGUACCAGAUUGCUUCAUCUGUUGUAAAUCCAUUGGUUUUCCAAGACCUGGCGAGACUGCUGUAUGAACACUACAAUUCCUCUCCAUGUUUGGACUCGAAGGGUAGGCCAAUCAGUGUUCCAUCUAUGAAGCUAUUUAGAUCCAUGGAAGAGUUCUCCACUCACCUUUGGGGAGAUGCCAUUCAUCGAAGUGGCUUGACAGCUGCAGCCUCUUCCAACGAGAAGCUGUCCCAGAAACUGGAAAUUAUUUGCAGAAAGUCAGUAGAACAAGCCAAGCAUUUAGCAAGCAUAUAUGAGCCAUACACAUUUUAUGGUGGAAGGUUUGAUAACAGCAAUACUCAAAGAUUGAUGGAAAGCAUGUCUGAAGAAGAGAAGAGAAACUUUGGGUUUGAUGUGGGCAACAUAAAUUGGAGAGAUUAUAUCACAAAUGUCCAUAUUCCUGGUCUAAGGAGGCAUGUCAUGAAGGGAAGAGGGAUGUGUAGCUAAACCCCUACCAUUCAUCUUCUUACAUGUAAUCACCACCCAAACUCCUCCAACCAAUUGUAAUAAGACAAAGUUACUUCUUUUUCUUUUUU